AGCCUUGAAUCAUAAACUCCUAAUCUAGAAUACCGUCUUAACGAGAGAAAACAUAAUGAAAAUCAUGGGAAUGGCUAUGCAAGCAGCGAUCAUGUUGAGCAUCGCAGGAUGCCUUGUCUCAGUUGCUUACGCUGAUGAAGGGACUGCUACUUUCUACACUCCGCCUUACGUCCCCUCUGCGUGUUAUGGAUAUGAGAACAAGGGAGUGAUGAUAGCGGCAGCAAGUGAUGCCUUAUGGAACAACAAGGCUGCAUGUGGGAGAAGGUACAGGGUCACAUGCACUGGAGCCACAAACCAAGGGGUACCCCAGCCUUGCACUGGUGCAAGCGUUGUCGUAACAAUAGUUGAUUACUGUCCACCAGGUUGCCAAGGAACUAUUGAUCUAUCUAAGGAAGCUUUCUCCCAGAUUGCAGAUCCUAAUGCUGGCAAAAUCAGGAUUCAAUAUACCCCGGUGUAAAGGAAUUGGAGACGCGAUUAAAGGAGAAGAGUAUCAAAUACACAUAUCAAUAAAAUGGGGGAACGAUAAAAAUGAAGAGUAUAAUGAUGAUGCUCAAUGAUGUUUCAUCUAUCUAUGCCAUCAUGUAAUAAAUGAAUACGAUAUGCAUGUUAAUAAAACAGAGCACCAUGGGGCUUGCUUUUGUGGAAAAUUGUGUGAUUGUCUAUGCGUAAUGAUAUUAAUAUGUGCAGAUCUUUUGAUGUUAA